AGCUUCGGAAUCCGCGACUCGCAGCGACUGUGAGCGGCGCAGAUACAUAUAGAAUGUAACACUAUGCUCUCUCGCUGCUCGAGGCUGCAUUUCUCUCUAUCAUGGCUGCUGCUGCUGCUGCUGCUCAAACACCGACUCUCAUUUCCCCUACCGUCGACCUCCCGCACCAGAAGGCCCUCGGCGUUUCCACGUCGCAGAUAUUGCAGGCCGAUGCCGAACAGGUUGCGGCGGCCUGGCUGAAGGUGUUCGCAUCGAAGGUGUCCAAGAACGACGUCGAUGGCAUCCUCUCCCUCCUCGCGCCCGACGCAUGGUGGCGCGACCUUCUCGCGAUGACCUGGGACCUGCGCACGUUCCAGGGGCAGGCGAGCAUCAAGCAGUUCCUCAGCGACCGGCUCGCGCAGAGCGAGCUGUCGGACUUUCAGCUCACGAGCGCGGCCGUCGACAAGCUCUACGACGACCUCGCGUGGGUCCGGUUGCAUUUCACCUUCGAGACCAAGGCCGGCAGUGGCGUCGGCGUCGUGCGCCUCGUGCCCGUCAGGACGGGGAACGCGGCGGAGUGGAAGGCGCAUCAUGUGUGUACGAACCUCGAGGAGCUGCGUGGAUUCCCCGAGCGCACCGGCCCCCUGCGCGACUUUGCGCCGAAUCACGGCAAGUGGGUCGAGAAGCGCGACAAGGAGAAGGCGUUAGACACCGAGGACCCCCAGGUGCUCGUCGUGGGCGGCGGACACAGCGGGCUCGACAUCGCUGCGCGGCUGAAGCUACUGGGUGUUAGGGUAUUGAUCUGUGAGAAGAACCCCCGCAUUGGCGAUAACUGGAGGCACAGGUACUCCGCCCUUUGCCUACACGAUGUCGUCUGGUAUGACCACAUGCCUUACCUUCCAUUCCCUCCGUCCUGGCCGGUCUACACCCCCGCGAUGAAAAUUGCAGGCUGGCUCGAGCAAUACGCUGAUUCGAUGGAGCUCGAUUACUGGACGGAGGCCAAGGUUGUCAACGCGCGCCGAGUCCCGAACGCAAAUGAAGGUAACAAGGAGAAGUGGGAGGUUACCGUCCGCCGUGGCGAUGUGGACAAGGUCUUCCACGUCGACCACGUCGUCUUCGCUGUCGGGUUCGGCGGCUAUACGCCGAACAUGCCGAAGAUCCCGGGCAUGGACGAGUUCGAGGGCCAGAUCCUUCACUCGACGCAGCACAAGAACGCGCUCGACCAUAAGGGAAAGAAGGUCGCUGUUGUUGGCGCUUGCACUUCCGCCCACGACAUCGCAGCCGACUACUAUGACCACGGAGUCGAUGUGACCAUGGUGCAGCGCAGCUCGACUUACAUCAUGACCAACGAGAAGGGAUGGCCGAUCCUCAUGAAGGGAACAUACUGGGAGGGCGGCCCGCCAGUCGAGCAGUGCGAUCUUAUCGACUUGUCUAUGCCCAUCCUCUACAGGAAAAUGAUACACAAGCGCAUCACGCAGGACAUUGCCAAGGCCGACAAGGAGAUUCUCGACGGCCUGCACAACCGUGGGUUUAAGACCAACAUGGGACCUGAGGGAUCUGGACAUUCUAUUAUGGCCAUGAUCAAGGGCGGCGGCUACUACUUAGAUGUUGGUGCGUCGCAGAUGAUCGUCGACGGCAAGAUCAAAGUCAAGUCCUCCGGGCCAAUCAAGCGCUUCACGAAGAACACGCUCGUCUUCGAGGACGGUUCCGAGCUGGCUGUCGACGUCGUCGUCUUUGCGAGCGGCUUCGGCGACUCGCGCGUGCCGAUGCGCGAGAUCGUCGAGCCAGAUGUUGGCAAGAGACUGCACCCGAUCUGGAACCUCGACCACGAAGGCGAGACGCGCGGCGCGUGGAAGGAGAUUGGCGUGGAGAAUCUGUGGUGUAUGAUGGGCAACUUUGCUUGGUGCCGCUUCUAUUCGAAGCGCCUGGCUCUGCAGAUCAAGGCGAAGCUCGAAGGUAUACUCAAGAGCGAAGACAGAUAUUCUGCUCCCAUAAAAUGGGAGGACGAAGAGAUGAACCUUAUCCCUAUCGUGUGAGUGCCAGGCU